GGUGAUCAAGGGAGAGGACAGCUCCGUAGCUAUAGCAAUUAGCGUUGAGCCGACAUUGAUGAAAAUUGAAAUUCAUAACAAAAAUGCAUAACAGGCGGAAGGCUCAGAAUCCAUCACAAUUCACAACACAAUACUAGAACGACCAUGAAAACGAAGCUUUCCUUCUACGACGCCUUUCAUUUUUAGUCUAUCUAUUUCUCACCAUGCCAUCUCGUCCAACUCCUCCACCGUUGCCGGAAUCUCCACCGUUGUUUCUCCCACUUGUCACUCCUCCUCCUGUAGCUACGCCGUCUUCCACUCAAUUUCCUCAUCAUCACCGCCCUCUCUCUUCCCGUCUUCUCCCCCCACUCAGCGCUGCCACAGCCGCCUUCUCUUGCCUAUUAGUUUUCGUUAUCUGUUUCCGUAAAAUUAGCCGUAAGCGCACUGUCCCUUCUGACUCUAAGCCACCUCACCGCUUCUCUUACUCUACCCUCCGCCGCGCUACCGAUUCCUUCAACCCCUCCCUACGCCUGGGCCAAGGUGGGUUCGGCUCUGUAUUCCGCGGCACUCUCCCUAAUGGGAAACUGGUCGCCAUAAAAGUCAUGGACUCCGGUUCUUUGCAGGGCGAGCGUGAGUUCCAAAACGAGCUGCUUUUUGCCUCGAAACUUGAGUCUCCUUACAUCGUCACGGCUCUCGGCUUCUCCUCUGAUCGGAAACACCGGACGAUGUUACUGAUAUAUGAACUCAUGCCUAACGGUAACUUACAGGAUGCCCUUCUCCAUAGGAAGUGCUCCGAAUUGAUGCAGUGGAAGAAAAGGUUUAGCAUUGUGGUUGAUAUAGCUAAGGGGAUUGAGUAUCUUCAUUGUUUGGAUCCGCCUGUUAUUCAUGGCGAUAUAAAGCCUAGUAAUAUUUUGCUGGAUCAGUAUUUCUCCGCAAAGAUUGCGGAUUUUGGAUUGGCGUGGCUGAAAACAGACAAUCAAAAUCAGAAUCAGUGCGAGAUUAAGAUCGAAGAGAGUGAUGCGGGGAAGAUGAAUGGUGGAUCGGAUUUGAAGAAAGCUGAAUUAGAGAGUAAUAAUGGAGCUCCAAUCGAGGAUUAUGGAUCUGUGGUGGAGACAGAAAGUGUAACUACAGGGUUCGAGGAGUUUAACUUGGGAGUGGAGCAGUCCCCUGAGAGCUAUCUUAGGGGACCAGUUUCAAUUUCUGCAACAUCGCCGGAGACUGGAGAGGCUGUAAGUGCCUCGCCUGAGGCAGGUGGAUUGGCACUGCCGUCUGAGGGGAAUUUCGAUGGGGCUAGUAUUGAGAGUGGGAACGAAUUGAUUAACGGAGGAAAAAUGAUGGACAGAAGGAUGAAGAGUGCAUCUGGAGGAGACUGGUGGUGGAAACAAGAGAACAGUGGCGUGAUGGAGAACGGAACUGUGAAGGACUAUGUGAUGGAGUGGAUUGGGACAGAGAUAAAGAAGGAGAGACCGAAGAGUGAUUGGAUUGGAUCAGCUUCAUCGAGUAAUCAAACAACUGGGAAAACAGAUAAAAAGAAAAAUCGAAAGCGUUUGGAUUGGUGGGUUUCGUUGGAUGAGGAGAAGCAAGAGAAGGUUUUGAAGAAGGAGAAGAGAAGGCCUCCUAGAGAGUGGUGGAAGGAGGAGUAUUGCGAAGAAUUGGAGAGAAAGAAGAAAAAGAAAAAGAAGAAACGAAAUACAGGGUUGACCAGCAAUAACAAUGGAGGAGGAGAAGAGUGGUGGCCAAGGGACGAGGAAUUGCACGUUGAGAGAAAGAAGAACAAGAGGAGUAGGAGUAGAAGUAGUCGGGGCAGUAUUGACUGGUUUAGCGGUGAGCUAUUUCGAGGUACAUUCAACAGCCAUGAUUCUUUAAGCGGAGAGAUAGCAAAGAGUGGAGGAAUUAGCAGUACACCGAGUAUGAGAGGAACUGUUUGUUAUGUGGCCCCUGAGUAUGGAGGCGGUGGGAAUUUAUCAGACAAAUCUGAUGUGUAUAGCUUUGGAGUUCUACUGUUAGUCCUCAUUGCUGGAAGGCGUCCGCUUCAGGUUACAAACUCGCCCAUGUCUGAGUUUCAACGUGCUAAUCUAAUACAUUGGGCUCGUCACCUGGCACGCGCUGGAAAGCUUCUUGAUUUGGUUGAUCAGUCUGUGCAGUCUUUGGAUCGAGAUCAAGCUCUUUUAUGCAUUACUGUUGCUCUUCUUUGUUUGCAGAAAUGUCCUGUUCGCCGGCCCUCCAUGAAGGAGGUUGUGGGUAUGCUCACUGGUCAAUCAGAGGCACCUCAAUUGCCGGUUGAAUUUUCUCCUUCACCUUCCUCGCGCUUCCCAUUCAAGUCCAGGUCAAAUAAGAGGAUUCGGUGAGUUUUCAUAGUUGGUUGCCAAUACUAAUGAACAGUACUAUGUCCUAAAGAUUAUUGUUUGAUCAUCUUUGUGGAUGAUACAUGUAAAGGAAAAAAAAUAUAAAUACAUAUUUUAACAUGAAACAGAUUGAAAUA